AUGGCCCAAAGCAAGCUCGUCCUGUGCUUUGUCGUCCUGGCGCUGACCUUGUGCCUAGAAUUAUCGUCCAUUGAGGGACGAUAUCUGAAGUCUGAAGGCAACGAAAAUUUCGUCAAGCGUGAGGUGGGUGACGCCGCGCACAGAAAAGUUCUAUCAACUACGAAUGCUACCACCCAGGCAGACGUGUCUCCACCAUCGCCGGCGGCGGCUGAGGGUCAUGACGUUUCUGAUUUCAGACCCACGAACCCCGGUCAUAGCCCCGGCGUAGGACACUCGGUGCACAACUAA